AAAAGGCUCACGUGAAGAAGGUUCACGUCACUGCGUGCCGCUUUGGAAUUAGUCUCCACUUAUAAAUACACACCACCAAACACUACAUGUAAUUCACAAUUAGUAUAACAUAGCUAGUAUCAGCAAAUGGAGUUUUUCCACAACGCUAAAGCUGUUAGGAUGCGUAACGUCCACGAGAAGUAUCUGAUGGCGGAUGAGGACGAAGAGACGGUGACUCAAGACAAGACUGGUUCCGACAAGAGAGCUCGAUGGACCGUCGAGCCGGUUCGUGGUUCCUUUGAAGUGAUCCGUUUGAGGAGUUGUUACGGUAACUAUCUCACCGCCUCGAACGAGCGGUUCUUGCUCGGUGCAACGGGGCGUAAAGUGGUAUUGUCGAAACCUAAUCGGCUUGGCUCGUCCGUAGAGUGGGAACCUGUGAGAGAAGGAUCGAAAGUGAAGCUCAGGACUAGAUACGGCAACUUUCUUCGAGCCAAUGGUGGACUUCCUCCUUGGCGUAACUCUGUCACGCAUGACUCACCUCACAGGUCGGACUCGUUCUUGUGGGAUGUUGAUCUCAUUGAAAUCUUGGUCGGGACGGCACCUCCGUCUCUAGCUCCGACGACAACUCUUGCGCCACAUAGGAAGCAGUCAAGUCCUCCUAUGUCCCGAACCUCUUCAGAAAAAUACGUGGAAGAGUUGACUGAGUCGCUGCCAAAAUCUGAAGGGAGGAUCAUCUAUUACCAUAUCGCAGACGAAGAAGGACACGUGGAGGAUGAGUCAGCCGUUGGAUACGCUUUGACUUUCAAAGGAAAUAGCGUGGAACAGUUGACGCAGGCGCUCAUGGAAGAGACUAGCAUGGAUGACGUUGUUGUGUGUACACGCAAUCCUUUAAACGGCAAGUUGUUUCCUCUCCGCUUGCAGCUUCCGCCAAACAGUGGGACAAUGCACGUCGUUCUAGUUCCCUCGACUACUUAAACGUCAUGCUAUUUACAAAAUUGGUUGAUUAUAGAAUACUAGGUAAUAUUUUGUGGGUUUGCUUUAAUCUUUUAUCUGGUGUACAUAAGUUUAUUCUUUAAGUUUAAGUUUAGCCAUUUUAUAUGUACUAUGUGGUCCUGUGGAACAUUCACCAUCAAGAAAUGAUGUUUUAGUUAAGAGAUUUAUUUAAUAAUAUGUUAAAGUUGCCAAGCA